AUGCUUCCAUUAACCAGCAAAGACGGUUUUAAAAGUGACGAUUUCAAACCAGGAGUGAAGCUUAAAUCGCGUUUGUUUGAAUGGAUAAAGUACGAUGAUCUGAAAGCACUUUUGUUGUCGUCGAUUGCACUGAAAUCGAUAACCAUGUGUCCAUCCAUGUUAACUCUUUCGCGUAAUAUAUCUAUUUAGGGCCAUACUCUCAAGCGAGAGCUCGAGAAAUCUGUUCUUCUUCCUUCUUCUUAACCUAUCGUUUGCGUUUGUGGAAUUGACUUACGGGAUAUGGACGAAUAGGUGAGCGAUUUCUCAAGUAUCCUUCUGUUAUGGAUUCGAAUUUUAUUAUUAUUUUUAUUAUUAUUAUCCAUUGAAGUUUACGAUGAAUGUUUAUCUUUCUUUCAGUCUUGGUCUGAUCUCAGAUUCAUUUCAUAUGUUCUUCGAUUGUACUGCACUCUUGGCGGGGCUCAUAGCAUCGGUGAUCGCAAAAUGGGGAAAAAAUGAAAGAUUUUCCUAUGGGUAAUUAGCUCUGUUAAUGUACCUUUAGUUCAAAUCCUAUUGUUACUAAUGGUGCAACAAUAUAAUUUUCCAGUUUUGUGUUACUUAAUUAUUUUCCAAAUUUUUGUACAGAAGCAGUUGUCUUGUGUGUGAGUAUUUUUUAUUGUAAUUAAUGGUGAGGCAAAAAGUACAGUGUGAUAAUUUAUUUAUGAUUGGGCCAGAAACACAUGACAUUGAAAAUAGAAAAUGGAACAAAAGGACAACAAAGAUUAAAAAGCAUGAGGAGGGAAGAGGAGGGGGAGGGUGGGGGUUUAUAUUCAGUUAUGGUUUACUCAAUGGAAAUCAACUUUAAGCACUCACAGGGUAUAAUAAAUUAUGGACCGUGUAGGGAGGGCAAUCUUACAUUGCACAGUACUUGUGACAUACAUCUGGAAACCAGAGGGGUUGCUUAGCAGCACAGAGUUUUUUGUAAAACAUACAAUACAUUUGCUGUUACAAGGGUCACUGAGUAAAUGAAUUACCAGAAAAAAGCAGUAAAUUCCAUCUUCAAUAUAAAGCCUUUGUUGUCUUUGUUUGGUUUCAUUCAAGCUCUGAUUUAUGCAAUUUUAUCAGUUUAAAAUUAUUACCUUCAUCCUACAGUAAGAUUGAUGAUUUUUUUUUAUAAGUAAGGUUUGUAAUAGAACUGGUGAAGCAGUUUAGAGGAACAGAAAUUGCAUUUAAAACAGCCUCUCUCUCUCUCUCUCUCUCUCUCUCUCUCUCUCUCUUACUUAUGUUACUGUAUUGUGAGCCCUCUGAGUUGCCCUUGAGGGAAACCAGUGCUUGCUGUAUAAAUAAGUUCUUUGAUUCAGUGUCAUUUUGUCAAUGGUGUUCCUGCCAGAGUAUCCUUUAUCGCAUCAUGAAGCUGAACAUGUGUAGUCUUGGUAUUAUUCAGCAUAUAAGAAAAGUAUUUGAUUGACAGCCAGUAUAGAGAGUAAGGGGCAUGAGGUAAGGGUUAGGGGCAAUGGGGAAGGGGGAGAUGUAAGGUAGGACAGGGUGAGCAGUGAGGAGUUAGUACCUUUUGAAGCUAACCAUAGUCAGUGCACCUUUUACUUUUCUCUUUCUGAAAUUGAUAGAAUGUGGUUUUGAUUCCUGUGCAAUCCAGGUAUGGACGAGCUGAAGUGCUGGCUGGUUUUGUGAAUGGAUUAUUUUUGGUGUUUAUUGCAUUCUUUAUUUUAUCUGAAGCUGUAGAGGUAAAUAUUUCUAACCCUUUACACCUUCCCAUCAACAUGUAUAUUCUCUAUACUGUUCGCUCUACGUUUUCAAAGGUGGUGAUGAGGAGAAUUUGUUCAAUAAUUUAAGAAGUAAGAACUUCUUUUGUUGAUGACCCUUACCUCUAUUCUUGUGAAUGUAAUAUUUGAUUCAGUUUCAAUAUUAUAAGGACAAAUUAGAUGAUAUUCACUCCAGAGGUGAAAAGUUUUACUUGAUAGUAAAUUAAAUAUAAUAAGACUUUGCUAUAUGAAAAGGAUAAGGUACAUCCAAUCUUAAAUGAUAAAACACCUUUAACAUUGCAUUGGUAUGUUAAUUUUUAACAUUAAACAUAUUUUUUUUAUUUACUUCUAGAGAGCUCUUCACCCUCCAGAGGUUAAACAUGAGAGGCUGUUUGUUGUUUCAGUUCUAGGAUUUUUUGUUAAUCUUGUUGGUAUUUUUGUCUUUCAUCAUGGAGGUGCAGCAGGUAAGAAUGAUCUUAAUGAUAAUGGUUUAUUAAAAUUAUUGUCCUAAUUGUAGACCUCUUGACCUAUAAAUAUGACACUAUGCCGAUCAAAAAAUUAUGUUGUCGUGAUUCAGUGACUUAUGAAUUGGAACAAUUUUACCAUCAUUAUUACAGAAGUUUCCUGGGCUCAGAACUAAUCUUGUGGUUUUCUGAGCAUCUUCAAAUUUUUUUUGAAGACACAAAACUGGGAGAGAAAUAAAGUAACUUAUGGAUAUACUUUCAUUUUAAGGUUUUGGGUUUUUGUUCAAGGAUGAUGCUGUUAUUGGGAAUUUAAUUGCGAUUGUAGGGUUUGUUUGAACUUCAUUUUGAGGGGAAAAGAUGAUGCAGUCAACAGACAAUUUUUGUGAGAAUAGGGUGGGUUGUUGUUGGCAUACAAUCUUAAAGCAAACACCUCCAGCAAAAAGGCUGUCAUCUCUUCAAAACCCAUAUUUUCAUCACUCUUAGGGAUCAAAGGAUUAGAUGUGAUGAUAUAUACAUUUUUUCCCUUCACAGGGCAUGGACAUUCACAUGGCGGAGGGCAUGGACAUUCACAUGGUGGUGGCCAUGAACAUGGACACAGUCAUGGCCAUGGACACUCUCAUGGUCAUUCACAUGGACACUCCCACAUGAAUGGUGGACAUAACCAUUCACAUGAUUCAGGUACCAAAGUGCCUGAAACACAGACUAUAACUGCAAACAAAUGUCUAAAUUUACAAAGCACAAAUCAUUUUUUACAAUGAUAUAAGUAACGGUAAUAGGAUUCAGUGAAGUCCAAUUUGGUCUUAACCCUUUCACUCCCACAAUCUAGAUAUUAAUUCUCUGUUCCUGUCCCCCCAUGCUGCUUAUGAUUCUAGUUCUGAGAAUUUGAUGUUAAAUCAGGCAAUUUCUCCUUCAAUUGCUGAUAUUUUCUUGCCUCUUGUUUGAAAAUGUAUGGAUAUUGUAAGGAGAAACUGUCCUUGUUGGUCACUCCUGGGUGUGAAAGAGGUAAAUCAUGAGAGUGAGUUGUUAUUUAUGGGUAUUAUUAUUGACAGAAUUGGAAGCAUUGAAUUAAUUAAUCAGUUAAUUUAGAAAUUGGUAUCUGAAAGUGUUGAAGUCCAGUUGUUAAUUAAUCUUAACUAUGACAACAUCUGAGAGAUAUACGAGACAUCAAUAAAAUGUUUUCAUAGGAAAAAAGACAACAUUUAACUCUGUGAAAUGUGCAUGAUCUUUGCACAUGAUGUGUACUGUCCAAUUACUCAAGGCUUGGGAUAAUGUAAUACUGCCUAAUUACUACAAUGUCCAAUUACAUGACACAUUCACUGUCCCAUAAGUACUCAAAUUGGGCUUGUGAUAACCAAUCAUGUUCAAGAUUUGUUACAGUUCUGAUUGUGAUGGUUAUAAAAAAUUUAUUAUUAUUGAUGAGCUUCUUCUGAUGUCAACCUUUGUUUACACGCAGGUUGUUCAGACAAGGAAGGAAAAGUGGAAGUUUCCCAAAGCAAAAUAAUGGAAGGUAAGAGGAAGAAAAUACUCAAAUAUGAUUGGAAAAAAGAAAGGAAAAAUUGAGAAAAAUUAAGAAUAAUUGAGAUCACCCAAUUGUUCUACCACAGAACUUGAAAAACUCUUUAUCACAAGAGAGAAAGUUGAAAGACUCAUUUUGGUAUCUUUUCAUAUGCAUUAUGCUGUAUAAAAGUUUGUAGCAUUCUUUUCAUGGUGUUGGUUGCUCUAAGGGUGGUUUCUUUGAAGUUUUGUGUAACAGAUCUUCUUACAUGUCUGUUUUCUUAAUCGGCUGGAAAAUGUAGAGACAAAUUGCUGUUACAUGUCAUAAUUUAUCACUUCUUGUGAACUGCUUUCAAAACAAGUUGCUGUGGUGUGUGUUAUUGAUGCAGCCAUUAAAUUUCUCCUUGUUACAUUUUCACUGCAACUUAACUUGGUCCCUGUGAUGUUCAACUUAUCAUCAGUAUGUAUAUUCUCCACACUGUUCUCUCCACAUUUCUUGUGACACUCACAAUGAGAAUUUGUUUGAAAGUUGAGGCCCUCUAUCAUUGGCAAUUGUUUCUGUUAUUCCUAUGACUUUACUGUGUGAUUCAGUGGUGAUUAAGAGAAAUUAGAUGCUAGUCAGCAGGAUUUAUAUCCCAGUUGUAACUGCUUUUUGCUGUCUCUUUCUCUUACUCUGACAAAGGGCCAACACUCAAAACAUCAGCUUUUAAAAAUCUUUUUAAACCACAUUACCUUGUUAAAUCCCCCACCAAUGCAGCACCAAAGUUUCUGUAGAAAGUGACCCCCUUUAUACUAUUCAAUUGACUGUGUCUUGUUGUUUUUUCAUACAGGAGUUUUCCUUCAUGUAUUAGCAGACACAUUAGGAAGUGUAGGUGUAAUUAUAUCAGCUGGACUUAUAUACCAGUUUGGUAAGUUGUGAAAAUCUUCAACAGUGAACUGUUUCCUGAUCUUUUAAAAAAAAUGCCUAAGUUGCAAAUGUUUGCAAAUGUCUGACUGAUUUACUAAUCCCCCUUUAAAACUUUAACUCCCAAGAUCUGAUUGUUAAUUCUCCCUUCUAGUUGAUGCACAUUUCCUUUUGAAUUGUUAGUGAGAAUUUGGUGUGAGAUCAAGAUAUCAACCUCUACCUGAUAAAUCAGAUUAUCUUACUACCUGUUUGCUUGAAGGUUUUUAGAUAUCAUAAGGAAAUAAGUUACAUGUAAAUCAAUUCUGAAAGUUAACACUUAAACUCCCAUGGGUAACCAAGACAGAAUUUCUCCUUACAAUACCAAUACAAUAUCAACCAGAUAAGAGAUGAGAAUUAAGAAAAAUAUCAAUUUGGGGAUUAUCAGUUUGAUCCCAUACUAAAUUCUCUGAACUAAAAUUAUAAGAAUUGUAUGGUUGACAGUGAGGAGAAUCACAAAUUUGAUCUGGGAGUUAAAGGGUUCAUGGGUUUAGAAGGAGAGAGGUGAAGCAAUGUUGCUAAAUGUGGCUAAAGGCAAGAGUGCUUUAAGAUAAAACACAUCCAUUCUUUUUUGCUAAAAAAAAUAUUGCAUCUCAUGAUUGCCAAUCAAGCAUGGUUUGGGAUACAAAAUUAGUGUAUAAUUUAACCUGGUCAAUGUCUAGGAAUAGGUAAAUAUACCCAACUUUGUAUUUUGUUUAAAAGUGGUUGACAAUUUUUGGUGAAUAUUUCAUGAAUCUGAAAGCUUUCCUUUCUUUCAAUAGGAUGGAUGUUGGCUGAUCCCAUAUGUUCCAUGUUUAUUUCAGUUCUUAUUUUCUUCAGGUAAAAAAAAAAAAAAGAUAUAUUUUUGUAAAAAUAGUAAUUUAUUUGGAAAUCUUCUACUGACAGUCAAUCACUUCUGAUGUAAGUUACCCUGAAUCACAAAAUACAUAUAUUUUGAACUUAACCAGUUAUCUUUUGUGUCUGCAGUGUAAUCCCUCUAUUGAAAGAUUCUGUCGGAAUAUUAAUGCAGAGAAUCCCAGUUGGUUUGGAAAAGAAUGUCCAUAUUGCUUACCAAAGGGUGAGUGAGAAGAAAUAUUUUUAAAACUAUUUUUUUGUAACAUGUAAAUUUGCCUUUUAAGUGAACUCAUAAUAAAUACACUGGUUAUAUUCAUUGAUUAUUUUCUGUACGUAUUUCACAGGUGAAUCAAAUGGAUGAUGUGUUUAGCAUUCAAGAUCCUCAUUUCUGGGCACUUAGCAGGUUUGAACCUCUUUUUGACAUUAUUGUAUGUAAUUUCAUUCCCAAAUAGGCUCUCUUGGUCAACCCUUUCACCACCAAGAUAUCGUAAUUCUCUCUACUGCCUACUGUACAAUUCUUAUGUGGUUAGUUUGGAGAAUUUGGCAUUGGAUCGACUGAUAAUCCCUUAUUUGUACUUUUCCAUAUUCUCAUAACUUGUGUGUUUAAUAUUGUACUGAUGUUAAAAGGAGAAAUUCUGUCUUGAUCACUUAUGAAGGUCAGUUAGCAGUUUUUGCAAGUCUUAGAGUCAUAAUUCACUUCAGUCUUUGUUGUAACAAGGAGGUGGGGGGGGGGGGUCAUGCACUCAGGAGCCCUACCCUCUUAGACACUCCCUCUGGAAAAGCACUGAAAGACUGAAAUUUAUCAUUCUCUAACUGUUCUUGGGUGUGCCCCCUGCAUAAUUUGUUUCUCUUUGUGUGUUGAUGUUCCACAAUCUGAUAAGAAACCAGAGUCAAAUUUGAGGACACUCAAGUCCUGUUGCUCGUGUUUUGUUUGUGCAUGUGGUACUUUUGUGUUACAAAAUAAGAGUAGUUUGCACAUGGCACAGAGGUACUAAGGCUAUAGGGUCUCUUGGGAAGAGAUUGCCAUGCAUUUUAAUCACUGUAGAAUUCUAAUGAAAAUAAUAACUUUAUUCACAAUUCAAGAUUAUUUACAAGAUACAAUUGAUAAAGUUAAUAUACAAAAUUUCAUAAAAAUUCAAAAUCAUGUAUAAUACAAAAGCAUUUAGCUUGAAAAUUGCCCCCCCCCCCAAAAAAAAAAAAACUUUGGAUGCCCGCAGUGGCGACAUUUAUUUUGCAGUCUAAGGAGUGUUCUAUCUUGCUGUAAAAAGGCGUUUGCAAACCUUUUACGCUUAUAAUAAUUCUAAUCAUUAGAUUAGUAUGACAGUGAUGAAUCCUAAUGGUGAUACCAUUCUGUUGAUCUCACCUUUAGUAACGUGUGGGUUGGAACUCUACGUUUGCUGGUUGCACCUACAGCUGACACGCAUAAAAUUCUCAGUCAGACUCAUCAUAUCUUUAUGGAGGUGAGGGGACAUUUCAUGAUGACAAUUACAAAGCACCACAUAAGGCAUCAGCCAGUAACCACCCCACAGUACAACUAUUUAACUUCUUCAGUUUGUGAUCAUCAUCUUCGUUCUCAUGACCAUAGUGUUUGAUCUAGCAGUGAUACUGUACUGAGAUCGUUAUCAUUAUGGGGGGUUGAUAUAUAAAUGGUUUAACUUUCAAAUUUUUCUCUCCACAGCUUGGAGUGAAACAACUUUAUGUACAGAUUGAACACUCCUAUUGAAUCAAGACAGAUUAUCUUUUCGAACAUUGCUGUUAUUUUAAGAACAGAUUUGAAAGCUUGCACGAAGAAAAGAUGUGCCUAUGGUUCAUUAUGCUGAACGUCUUUUGUUCUGUUAUCAAAUGAUAAUCUAUCAUUACACGACGAAAAGGAAAAAAAAAACAAGAGAAUGGCGAGAUUUUUUUUUUGAGAUCGAAACAAAAUAGUGGAGUCAAAAAUCCUCCGGUUACCAACAGAGCGUUUUUAAGUCGAUUGUCGACUCAGGAAAUCAUAAAUUCGGAAAAGGCAAUGAACCAGUCAGAACUCACGUAAUCUGCACCAUGUGCAGAAAAUUCGCAAUUGACUUUUGGUCAGACACAUGAUUGGUUGACUUGAUUUUGGAAGUGGUUUUUGACCAAUCAGAUUGUAGAUGAACAUCAGACAUUGAAGAAAAAUCUGCUCAAAGAGCUCAAGAAACGCUCUAUGCUCUAGUUUGAUUUGAAAUGUGUCUUUCGUUUCUUCUACUAAAUGACUCUUAAGAGGUGAAGUCGUUUUCGGUUACGGAAACUUCCUUUGAACUUAAACUUUUCACUCUCUUUACUUCUUUUCGGAUAAGCGUAAAUGUCGAAUGUCUUGACUGGGCGAAUUUCUAUUACAAUUACAAGAGUUUAUAUUUUAUUUUGUCGAGAAGCUUUAAUAUAAAGAAAAGAAGAUUAAAUGUUAUUUUGCCUGAAUGGAAAACCAAGCAAGCAAAGGGAGACUUGAUGGACUUGGAUAUCUAGAAGAAAAAUUGUAAACUCACAUUUCUUUGUUUGUAAAUAGAAAUAUUCCCUAUUAUUCUGG